AUGGACAAGAAGAGUUCAAUGGCGUCUCUGUUCUCCGACGAAGACGAAUACGACUUCUUGGAAAUAUCAUCAUCAUCUGAAGAAGAUGAUGAUUUGGGUCUAUUUCGGUCUCGGUCUCAGUCUCUCUCACACUGGGAACUCAUCAGCGCCUCAGACGCCGACGACGACUACGACUCUGAAGAGCCCAAACAAGAAAAACGACACCAAAAAGAUCACCAAGAUGAAGAUAAUGGGUUUGGAUCUUCCCCUCUUGUUCCGUGGUCGGUGAACGGGAAAUUCGGGAGACAGAGAAUGAGGAAGUUGGGGAAAAGGGGAUUUACCAAGAAGAUGUCCAAUUCCAAGAAGUCGCCGUAUUUGUUUGUGAGGCCUGGUGCUGUUCGCGGCAAGCAUUGUCUGGGUUUCAAGCACAGUUUCUAA